AUGUUGGUCCUACAGAAGAUGCCCCUUACAGCGGCCCUGUGCCUGAUGCUCCUUGCCACACUUCUACCCAGCUCUGAGGCCCGGCGUGGAGGCGGCGGAUUUGGCGGAUUUGGCGGAGGUAGAGGAGGUAGAGGAGGCUCCAGCCGGGGCUGGGGCGGUGGUGGUGGCCAGGCCUACAGACCAGUGCAGAGCAGUGGUCCCAGUGCAGGGAAAAUAGCAGGGGCGGCUGCAGUAGGCGCCAUUGGAGGAUCAAUGAUAGGAUCUGCUUUGAGCCGCCCUGGGUAUGGAGGAGGUUACGGAGGAUAUGGUGGAGGGUAUGGUGGAGGGUAUGGUGGAGGGUAUGGAGGGUACCCACGAUACGGAGGUGGUGGCUAUGGCCGCAGGCCUGGCUAUGACCCUGAGGGCUCUGGAGAUAUGGAGUACUACGUUGGCGCAUCUAGUGGCCCCAUCUACAACAGCAUCAUCGUUGUGAUUGGCUCCCUGAUGUCCCUGCUGAUUGGCCACUGGGCGGCAGUCAUGUAG